UCACUUUUAAUGAGCUCUGGGAUCGAGCAGGAUCAGGAGUCCAGGUGGAUCAGACCCGGUCCGGACCCGCGGCUUUAGUCACGGACACUGGAUUUGGACCGAGUGCGCACGCACGGACUAAACCUUUGCACCGCCUGAAGGGUGAACACAUUCCGCCUGUCGGAGGGUCUUUAGGGGUUAAACCAGGACAUCUGCUGGACCUCCUCCACCUCCCAUCAUGAUCAGAGCUGCGGUCGCCGCCGUCUGCCUCGCGCUCCUCGUGUCCUGUGUUUGUUCGGCCAAACCCAGCGGAUCAAAGAACAAGAAACCAAAGCAAGUUAUUCCAGCCAUCGAGUGCGACGUCAGAGCAGGAAAAAUCAACCUCCCGGAGUUUAUCGUCAAAUGUCCGGCUCAUUGUAAAGAGACGAAGCAGCAGGUGUACGGGACGGGGGUGUUCGCCUCCAUCUCCAGUAUCUGUAACGCAGCCAUUCACAGCGGCGUCAUCACCAACGCAGGAGGGAAGGUCAUCGUCAAGAAGAUGGCCGGACAGAACAUCUACAAAGGCAGUAACUCCAACGGCGUCCGCUCUCUGUCUCUGCCCAAGUGGAGGGAGUCCUUCACCGUCUCAGUUGGAAAACCCAAGAAAGGAGUGAUUUACCCGUCGACGCUGGACUACGUCCCUUCAAGACCCACAUACGUGAAGACCAGUCAGAAAGAGGCCAAAUCCCUCGCGGUCACCACAGCGUUGCCGACGACAACCACACCCGAACCCACCACCACACCCGAGCCUACGACGACCGCUGCCACGACCACAACGGUUCCCACGACGACCACCACCACCACCACGCCGCCGCCGCCGGCUCCUCCCACCACCGCCAAGGCCCGGGCCGCCGCCCACAAAGUCAGGGACGCAGGCAGCAGUCACCCGUAUCUUUCCUCAGCCGCCGCUGCCGCCACUUCAAGACAGACACACAACGGCCCAGGAAAGAGUCCCAGCCAAGUGUUCAGAGGAAGCGCCUACCCUCCCAGUAGACUGCCCCAGCGGACCAGUGCAGGUCUGCGUAGACCAGAGGCCGGGUCGGCGGUCCGUAGACAGCCGUCCUCUCCAGGGGGUCCAGCUUUUCCCAGAAGGGAUUGGGCGCCCCCCUCCUACCCUCGUCCCGAUUGGUUCCCUGGAGCCAGACGACCCGCAGAUGUUAGUUAUGCUGUUCCAGACUCUGGAUACACCUGGAGCGACAGCGACCCCCCUGAGCCCACAGCUCGGGAUCACAGGCCUGAUUUCUCAGAGUUUGAGCGCUGGUUCUAUAACUAUGGAGCGUACCCUCCUCGAUCCUCGGACUCUGACGCCAACAGGAAAGUGUCACCGGAUGCGACCCACACUAGAGUGGAACCUGUCGACGCCUGGAAACCUGAGGCCAACGUCUACGAAUCAGGUUUCAAUGUGAGGGAACAGGAACCGGUUCCCAGAAUCCCAGACCCGGUUUCACAAGGAGACCCCAACUGUAAAGUGGACCUGGUCUUCCUCAUGGACGGCAGCUGGAGCAUCGGGAAACGCCGCUUUAAGAUCCAGAAGGACUUCCUGGCCGAGGUGGCCCAGGCCAUCAACGUGGGCGUGGCCGGGCCCAUGAUGGGCGUCAUCCAGUACGGAGACGAACCGGUGACAGAGAUCAGCCUGAAGUCCUUCACCACGUCCAGAGACAUGAGGGCUGGAGUGGACAAGAUCAUCCAGAAGGGAGGACUGUCCAACGUAGGGAAGGCCCUCUCCUUCAUUAAUAAACAGUACUUCAGCGACGCCAACGGGAACAGGGGCGGGGCUCCCAACGUGGCGGUGGUGCUGGUGGACGGCUGGCCCACGGACAAGGUGGAGGAGGCGUCCAGACUGGCCCGCGAAUCUGGCAUCAACAUCUUCUUUGUGACCAUCGAGGGUCCGGACGAGAGCGAGAAGCAGAACCUGGUGGAGGUCAACUAUGUGGACAAGGCCGUCUGUCGGACCAACGGCUUCUUCUCGUUGCCGGUGGCCAGCUGGUUCGCGCUCCGGAAGGCGGUGCAUCCUCUAGUGAAGCGCGUGUGCGACACCGACCGCCUCGUCUGCAGUAAAACCUGCCUCAACGCCAACGACAUCGCCUUCGUGAUCGACGGCUCCAGCAGCGUCGGGACCGGAAACUUCCGCACCGUUCUGCAGUUCGUCGCCAACGUGACGCGGGAGUUCGAGAUCUCGGACACGGACACCCGCGUGGGGGCGGUGCAGUACACGUACGAGCAGCGGCUGGAGUUCGCCUUCGGCCAGUACAACAACAAGGCGGAGCUUCUCAACGCCAUCAAACGCAUCAACUACUGGAGCGGCGGCACCAGCACCGGCGCCGCCAUCACCUACGCCGCCGAGCAGCUCUUCAGCAAAUCCAAACCCAACAAACGCAAGAUCAUGAUCGUCAUCACGGACGGACGCUCCUACGACGACGUCAGGGCGCCGGCGCUCGCCGUGCACCGUCAAGGUGUCAUCGCCUACUCCAUCGGCAUCGCGUGGGCGGCGCAGGACGAGCUGGAGUACAUCGCCACCGACCCCGAUAAGGAACACUCGUUCUUCGUGGACGAGUUCGACAACUUGUACAAGUUCGUCCCCAAGAUCAUCCAGAACAUCUGCCAGGAAUUCAACUCGCAGCCGCGGAACUGAGGCGGCGGCGGCGUGGAGACGGCGUGGAGGCGUGGACACUCUGGAGCCGUGGUGUUGGUGCUCAUCUUUGAGGGAGGGGGGGGGUUGAGGACGGGGGGGUCGGACUAAACACUUAAACGCUGCGUUCACACUGAAGGUUUUUAGGCUCAACUCAGAUUUGUUUCUGAAUGUUCCCAUUAUAAUGGAAACGUAAUUAUAUUUAUUAUAUUAUAUUAUAUUAUAUUGUAUUUUGUUUACAGAAGUAAAUCUGGAUCUCACCAGGUCCUGCUUCCUCCAGUUUGUUGCAUUUCAAUUCUGUAAACCUCGAUGAAAAGAUACAACUACAUUUUAAGGACAUUUUGUUCAUCUUUGGCUCAUUCUUGUUGUGAUAGUUUUGUUAAUUUUGUCUCAUUUAUCAUAAAUUAUAAGAAAAACAACCCAAAAAAUUUACAAAAUUUUCAAUGAAAUGAUCAAAAAUGGGCCAAAAAUUAACAAAAUUGUCAGAAAUCAAGAAAAUGUUAUUUUUUUCCCCCUCAUUUAUUCUUAAAAUUUGUGACAGUUUUCUUCGUCGUACAGUUCAUGACAAAUGAGCCAAAAAAAUUAAACUAUCUGAACUUUUAAGAAUAAAUGAGGACAGAAAUUCUCUACAAAAUCAAAUAUGUAAAGAAAAUAUUCUUUUUAAAAACAUUUUGGGUUUUUUUCCUUUUUUUUUUUUUUGUUUUUGCUCAUUUAUCAGAAGUUAGAUGAAAAACAAGCCAAAAAUGAACAAAAUUAUUGUACCUUUUUUUUUUUUUUAAACAAAUAUCAAAUUGAAGAAAAAUGAGCAAAAAUGAAAAGAAAGAAAAAAAAAUCUCAUUGAUUCUUAAAAUUUGAGAUAGUUUUGUUCAUUUUUGGCUCAUUUAUGAUCAAUUAUAAGACAAAUGAGCUAAAAAUGAACAAAACUAUCACAUUUUUUAAGAACCAAUGAGGAAGAAAAAAAGGAAAAAUGAGUAAAAAUGGACUAAAUGCAGAAAAUGUAAGUAUGAAUAAAACAUAAAAGUCCUAAAUUAUUAAAAGUAGAAAACGAGCCAAAGGUGAAGAAAAACGAGUGAAAAAUGAACAGAUUUAUCAGAAAUUUCAAUAAAAUAUGGAUCCUUCCAGGUCCCGCCUCCACCUUGAACGUUGUCGUCAUGACGGUUCAGACUGAGGUCUCAUCGGAUCUGGUUUAGGACCAGACCUGGAACUGGACCGGGUCGGAUCUGAGUGGUAAACAGUCCGGUUUGGGCCGGUUUUAGCUGCAGUGUGAACGUAGCGUUAUCGAACCGGGACUCGGCCCAAACGGUGCUGACGGGAAACGGCGGCGUCUGGUUCGGUGCUUUUCCAGUUGUUUCAGACCACCUUAAAUCCACCUUAACGUAGAUUAACGCAUGCCUAGCACUUCCUCUUCAGCUUAACUUUCUAAACUCGUCGCGGUUCUUCCGGUUGGUUCUGAGGCGUCGGUUCUUCGGAUCUUUGUCGGAGGUUUGUUCAGCGUCCGAGUUCCUCAGAGACUUUUGUCGGUGCUGAUUCUGUUUUUACGAACGUGGCUGAAAUGAAGUUCAACCGACGCGACGAACGAAGGAGGAGGUUUUUAGUCGAUGACGAUUUAUUUGGACGAUUUAGACGGAAAAGAAACGAUUCAACGACUCAUGCUCACAAUUUAAGGAUCAAUUUAAAUAAGUUAUCUUCAUCUCAAUGUCGCACAAAUUCAAAACAAUUCCAUUAGCAAACAAUGAACAAAACAAAAAUGUUUAAGAAAAAUGUACAAAAUGUUACCAAAAUUAUGCAGAAAUGGACAAAAUUCUCAUGAGUUGGAAAAGAUCAGCCAAAAAGAAACAAUUAUCAAAGAUUUUUUUUUUUUUUUUUUUUUUUCAGUUAUUCAUCAUGAAUUUAAAUAAAAAGUCAAAAAUGAACAAAAUCAUGAAAAUGAAGAACAAAGAAAAAAUAACAAAAAAUUGAAUUAUCAUAAAUUAAGAAAAUGUUUAUUUUUGGCUCAUUCAUCAUAAAUGAGAAAAACAAACCAAAAAUGAAUAAAAUUACCAACGGAGCGGACAAAAUUGCUAAAAAUGAUCCAAAAUAGAUAAAUAUAAGGAAAAGAUGAGCAACAUUUCAAGAAAGUACAGAAAAACGAACAAAAAAUGAACAAAAUUCUCAAAUACUUGAUCAUAAUUAAGCAAAAAAUUCUCAUAAAUUUAAAAAAUGAGCCAAAAAGAAACAAAAUGAUCAAAUAUUUUAAGAUUUUGUUCAUUUUUGGGGCCUUCAUGAUAAACGUUCAGAUUCUACUGUUUUAGAUUCAGAGUGAACGGAACCGUUAAAGCCGUGGUGCGUCUGUUGAAUCCGUGGUGCGUCCGUUUUCGUCCUGUUAAAGUCGUCGUCUGACGUGAAGCUGCUUCUCGUUUCUUUUCGUCUCGGUUGUUUCGAACACAGCGGCCGUUUCUCGGUUUUGUCGACUAAGUAUUUAUAAUUUUCUCCCUGUUUUGACCUGUUUGUACAUAUACAUAUUAAAGCCUUUCGCUAAUUAUGUUCAGAUAUUGAUCAAUAUUUUUUUUUUUUUUUUUGCAAUUUUUAAUAAAAUAAAGAAAAUGAAGAGACGUUAA